AAAUUCAGGUCGUUGUGCUCCAAGUCGAGUAUACUAGAAGAAUAUGGCGCCCGGAGAGUUCGGCUCAGUACAGCUAACACUUAUUCUUACAGGAAAGUGGACGUCCCUCUGCAGGAGUAUGUGGACGUGUUACUGAGGCCUCAGUCUGUGGACACUCUCGGCAGCGACACGCUGUACUUUUUUGGAGACAACAACUUUACAGAGUGGCACGGUUUGUUCGACGUGUACGAGUCUCCUCCGUACGUCCUGCCUCACACCAGCGGAGCGUACAGCUUUGGGAUCGCAGGUGCAGGAACAGGAGUCCCCUUUCACUGGCACGGUCCUGGUUACUCUGAAGUCAUCUAUGGAAGAAAGCGUUGGUUCCUCUACCCGCCUGACAAGGAGCCCCAUUUCCACCCAAACCACACCACCCUGUCCUGGGUGACGGAGACCUACCCCAACCUGCCCGAGGAGGAGGCUCCGCUGGAGUGCACCAUCAGACCUGGAGAG